AUGGCUCCCACGGUUGGGGCCGGCUACUACACGGCACUGACGCUGGCGUUGUUUGCGGACCUCGGCUACUACCGCGCAAAUUGGAGCAUGGCGGAGCCGAUGGGCUGGGGCAAGGGCGCCGGCUGCGAGUUCCUGGACAAGAAGUGCACUGCGAUAAAGGACCUCGCCGCCAAGUACCCGCACAUGUUCUGCGAUGGGAAGGACGCAGCGACGCUCCGCUGCUCCUCUGACCGCCGCCACCUCGGGAGGUGCACCAAAGGCAUCGUGGACGUGGAGGGGAGCGUGCACUUUAAGGACGUGUGCCCUGUUGUCUCGACGUAUUUUCAUGAUUCAACUUCUGGGACAACGUCCAACGCGUGCGCGGACGCAAGUGUGAAGGAUCUCCCGGGGUCGCUGACUGGCAGUGGCUCGUGGUGCCUGGACGCGGAAGCGCUGAAGGUGAAAACGAAGGCCGAUGCGAAACUCGCGGGCGUGUGCGCGCAGGUGCUGUGCGAGGGCGGCGCGGUGAAGGUGAAGUACAGCGGCAGCGACGCGUAUGUGGCGUGCCCCGAGAAAGGCGUAAUUGAUGUUAAGUCAAGUGAUUUCGAGGACGGCGGCAAGAUCAAGUGCCCGAGGUACGAGGAGGUGUGCACCAUCGCCGCCAACGGCAGCAGCCUCGUCAUUCCGCACGUUGAGGAGGAGGAGGAGAUUCCACCGGCUGCUCCUGAACAGUCACCUCCUGAACAGUCACCUCCUGAACAGUUGCCUCCUGAACAGUUGCCUCCUGAACAGUUGCCUCCUGAACAGUUGCCUCCUGAACAGUCGCCUCCUGAACAGUCACAACCCGUUGGAAACGAUGUGAGUUCGGCUGUGGACUUCAGUCACUUUGUGCUUUUCGCCGUGGUCACUGCGGCGGCUGCGGCGAUGCUGCCGCCUUGA